AUGGCGAGCCUUGCCGCUGCACCCCAUGUCAUCGUCGCAGCAGCACCUUCCCUUUCCGCCUCCUCCCCCGCUCGCUCCCUCUCCUCCUCCGCCCGCGACGCAUCCUUUCCCGGCACGCGCCUGCGCACGACUCCGCGGAGAUCAGCAGCAGCAGCGGGGGGCGCGGCCGUGUCCGUGCGCGCGCACACGGACCCGGCGCAAGCAGCAGUGGACCGCGCAGCCUGCCCGCCCGUGAAGGCGGAAGUGCCACUUAGCGCGCUCGAUGCGGUCGACCUCCGCGUGGGUGUCAUUGUGGACGCCAAGACGGUACCAGACGCAGAGAUGACCGCUAAGAGGGGCAAGCCAACUGACAGCCGCACACUGUUGCAGGUCAAGGUGGAUGUGGGUGGAGAGGAGCGAGUGGUGGUGUCCCCGUGCCGUUACGUGAUGGACGUGGAGGACGCCGUGGGCAAGAAGGUGCUCAUUGUCGUCAACGUGCCUCCCACUGAGAUCAGCGGCAUCCGGAGCCACGGUGUUAUCCUGACAGGCUUCAACUAUGAUCCCACGCCCAUGCCCCGUAGCUUUAAGGUCAUCUUACCUGGCUUGGGUCGGUUGCCACCUGGUUCCCAGGUCCUGCCUGUGGCCGUUCCAAGCGAGAGAACGGCCGUGGCGACGGCCACAAGCGGCGUAGUUAAGGAGGAGGAGAAGCCAUCAGUGUUGAAAGCGAGUGCGAAGCCCAGCGACAGGGAGGCCAACGGGGCGAUCGGCGACGUCAAGCGACCAGGCGACGACGCUGUGCCACAGGAUGACGACGUGGUGGAGCAGCCGAAAGAGAGUGACGAUCGUGAACCGACACCGCUUGAUACGGACGACGCAGGUGAAGACGAUCCGAUAGUGCCCGACCCGUUAAUCACAACGGACAUGCUGGCGGAGCAGCGGCAGCUGGAGGCGGAGCGGAAGCAGCGGGAGGAGCAGCAGGACGCGGAGAGCGAGGAGCGCGUGAGGCGCGAGGGCGUGGAGUCGUCCGCGCUAACGAAGCUGGACGUGCUUCUAGAGAAGACGAAGCUGUUUUCCGAGUCGCUGCUGCAGCAGAUGGACGAUAUCACUCUGCUGACGUUUCUUUCCUCCUCCCUCAUCCCACCCAUGCUCAUACUCCACUCUUCCUCUCGGCGUCAUUCUCAGCGGAAGAAGAACAAGACCGACGCCCCAGAGGAAACCCUCCAAGAGAAGAUCUCAGCCGCUCCUUCCGCAGCAAUCAACGGCAGCGGUGACGCCGGCACCGGCACCGGCACAGCAAGCAGCAAAGAAGAGGAAGAGGCCGCACUGCUACGAGAGCAGCGGGAAAUUGCGCCAAACCUCACGGGAUGCACGCUCAAGUGGUAUCAGAUCAAGGGCGUGAAGUGGCUGAUCUCGCUCUGGCAGAACGGGCUGAACGGCAUUCUCGCGGACCAGAUGGGCCUGGGGAAGACGGUGCAGACGAUUGCGUUUCUGGCGCAUCUCAUGAGUCAUGGGAUCUUCGGGCCGUUUCUGGUGGUGGCGCCGCUGUCAACUCUGUCUAACUGGGUCAACGAGGUCAAGAGGUUUGUGCCUACAGCGAACGUGCUUCUAUACCAUGGACCCAAGGACGUGCGGGCAGAGCUGCGGGAGAAGCACAUGCCACGGCAGGUGCGGGAGGGCUUUCCGAUAAUAGUGACGUCGUUUGAGGUGGCCAUGUUUGACCGCCGCCAGCUGCAGCGCUACCACUGGAAGUACAUUGUUGUGGACGAGGGCCACCGGCUGAAGAACAUGCACUGCCGGUUGAUCCGGGAGCUGCGGCAGCUGCCAGCAGAGAACACGCUGCUGCUGUCCGGCACGCCCCUGCAGAACAACCUGCAGGAGCUCUGGUCGCUGCUCAACUUCAUCCUCCCAGCCAUCUUCUCGGAUCUCCAUGAGUUCACCUCCUGGUUUGACUUGGCAGGGCGGCAAAGUGGCGGGGUGGUGUUUGACAACGAGAGAAGGUCACAGGUGGUGGCGAAGCUGCAUCAGAUCCUGCGACCCUUUUUGCUGCGGCGGAUCAAGGCGGACGUGGAGCAGUCACUGCCCAAGAAGAAAGAGGUCGUUCUUUACGCACAGCUGACAGAACACCAGAGGGAGUUCCAGGACCAUCUAGUGCAGCGCACUCUAGCAGACUUUCUCAACUCCACCGUCGCCACCUCCAUGUCGCGGCAUCGACUCAACAACGUGGUCAUGCAGCUGCGCAAGAACUGCAACCACCCGGACCUCCUCUCCUCGCAGUUUGACGGCUCCUACGUGUACCCGCCUGUAGAGGAGAUGGUGGCACAGUGCGGCAAACUGAAGCUGCUAGACCGCUUGCUGCCCCAACUCAAGGCCAAAGGGCACAAGGUGCUCAUCUUCUCCCAAAUGACGCGUCUGCUGGACAUACUGGACUACUAUCUGGAGGAGCGGGGGCACCACCCCUUCCGCCUCGAUGGAUCCGUCAAACUUGACAACCGCCGGCAGCAGAUAGAAGAGUUCAACACGAGUCCAGAGGCGUUCAUAUUCCUGCUCAGCACGCGGGCAGGCGGGCUGGGUAUUAACCUCACAGCAGCGGACACCGUUAUCAUCUACGACUCAGACUGGAACCCCCACCAGGACAUGCAGGCCAUGGACCGCUGUCACCGGAUAGGGCAGACGCGCCCUGUGCAUGUGUACCGCCUCGCCACUGCUCACUCCGUGGAGUGCCGGGUGUUGGAUGUGGCGCGGGGCAAGUUGAAGCUGGAGCAUCUGGUGAUUGAGAAGGGGCAGUUCCAACAAGACAAGGCUGCGCCUGCCAAAACCAAGAUCGAUGAGGCGGAGGUGCUGUCACUGCUGCGUCCGGAGCGCUCGCAGCACGAUGAGCUGGUGCAGUCCGCAGAAAUCAGCGAUGAGAAUCUCGACCUCUUGCUCGAUCGCUCCGACCUCCUUCUCCCCCAACCCACCCCUCCUCCUCUUGCUGCUGCUCCUGCUGCUGACACAACUCCUGCUGCUGCUGCUGGUGAUGCUGCUGCGGCGAGUGACGGUGGAGGAGGGGAGAAGGUGCGAUCGCUGCCCAUUGCGGGGCCUGGAUGGGAAGUGGUGGUUGCAGGGACAACAGCAAGCAGCGUGCUCUCUUCCAUUGGGUGA